GACGGCAUUGCGCAGGCGCAGUUCGUUUCCCGCGGUUUUCCUUGGCGGUUUGGUUUAGCAGGAGAGCGGGUCGCCGAGGGCGGGGGCCGCGAUGGCUGCUUCCUCCGACGGAGGCAAGCCGCUACAGCCUGUCACUCAUGUCAUCUUUGACCUGGAUGGCACCCUCAUAAACACCGAAGAUAUGUACAACGCCAUCAUGACAGAACUCUGCAGCCGCUAUGGGAAGACGUACACUUGGAAGGAAAGAUCCCAGAUCAUGGGGAUACAAGAAAUGAACGGGCUGGUGAUUUUCCAAAAGCUCUUCGACCUGCCCUUAACCGUCGAAGAAAUCCUCCGCGAAACCUCCCAAAAGAAACGAGAACAAUAUCCCAACUCUGCCUUGAUGCCCGGCGUGGAAAAGCUGGUCCGCCAUCUGCACGGGCACAAGAUCCCCAUCGCCGUCGCCACCAGCUCCUUUCGCGAUGCGUUCGAGAUGAAAACGGGGAAACUAAAGCCCCUUUUCGGUUUGUUCCAUCACGUUGUGAUGGGAGAUGACCCCGAGGUUAAAAACGGCAAGCCGGAGCCCGAUAUAUUUUUGGUGGCCGCCAAGAGGUUCGAACCGCCGGUACCUCCGGCAAAAUGCCUCGUCUUUGAAGAUGCCCUGAACGGGGUCAAAGCGGCCGUGGCUGCCGGCAUGCAAGUAGUCAUGGUCCCCCACGGCGGUUUCCCAAAAGAACUGACGAAAGAAGCCACCCAUGUCCUACAAUCAAUGAAUGAUUUCAAGCCAGAAAUGUUUGGCUUGCCGAAGUUUGAUUGACAUUUGCUGGCGGUUGAUCUUACGGAUUCCGGUUUUCCGAUGGGAGGACAUUUCUUCCAGUAUUAAAAAGCAUUCCAAAAAUUCCUAAGUGGUACUAUAAAAGCAUGCUCUCAAUUCCUGGAUAAUUCGCUUAUUGAAAUCCACCACUGCUAGGUGGAAAAAGAUGAGUUGUAUUUAUUAUUCCUAUGUUGCUAACAAAUACCCUGCCAAGGAAUAAACUGGUGCCUUGCA